UCCUUGGUGCAGGUUGUCGUGUUUGGUAGCAAAACUAGAUAAACAGUUCAAAUUUCUGGCUGCGGCUGGUCAUUUCCCCUUUUACCUGUGCAAAUUGAUGAGGUGAUGUGUGUACGGAUAAAAAACAACUGCAUGAAAGGACCAUUUUGGUGCUCAGUUUUUGUCCUGAACUAAUGAAUGUAAUGUGAAACAGCAGUGAUUACCAACAGUGGCGGACUUUUCUAGUGUUGCGUUGGCGUCGUAUUAUUAAACAGUGAUUCCAAAUAUUUACAUAGUUGUGCAAACACGUGAGCAGUGCAUUCUGGAUUUAAUUAUCAUACCUAUACAUGAACACUUACAGUAGACCGAGAGAACAGUGAGUGAAUUGCUCUAUGUGUAACCGAACUGACUGAUUUCGUAUGCAUAUGUAUACAAAGUGUACGGAAUCUAAAACGAAAGGAAUGGCGCUGCCGGCAAGUUGGAGUGGCAUUACUAUGGGUAUGGCGCCAAGGAGCAGCAGAAGUGACGAUAAAAUAAUGAACAGCAGCAUAUCCAGAUCGGUGCUAUUAGCAGUUUUGCUGUGCCUUUAUACGGCACCCUCCGCAGUAUCAUCGGAAGUUACAGUGAUCACAGAUCCGAAGUUCAGCGCUCCCAUCGCGAACGUGACGGCAGCUGUCGGACGAGAAGCGACCCUGACGUGUGUUGUUCAUGAUCUAGGUGCAUAUAAGGUUGCGUGGCUGCGGGUAGAUACACAAACCAUUCUAACUAUCCAAAAUCAUGUCAUAACCAAGAACAAGCGCAUCGGGAUUACUUACACAGAGAAGAAAACCUGGCAGUUGCGUAUACGGGACAUCCGUGAGAGCGAUAAGGGCUGGUACAUGUGCCAAAUCAACACUGAUCCUAUGAAGAGCCAGAUGGGAUAUUUGGAUGUUGUAGUGCCUCCUGAUAUUUUGGAUUAUCCUACCAGCACCGACAUGGUGGCACGCGAGGGAAGCAACGUCACUCUGCGUUGUGCAGCUACAGGAUCACCCUCGCCUAGUAUUGUAUGGCGCAGGGAAGGAGGCGAAAACAUAUCACUACAGGACGGCGAAUUAGUUUCAUCCAUUGAGGGUUCAUCGUUCAGUAUUCCGAAAGUAAAUCGCCUGCACAUGGGAGCAUAUUUAUGCAUUGCCUCGAACGGAGUUCCUCCUUCCGUCAGUAAACGCGUUAUGUUAAUAGUUCAUUUCCCCCCGAUGAUCUGGGUGCCAAAUCAGCUUGUCGGAGCAGUUGAGGGACAACGUAUGACGCUGGAAUGCCAUUCGGAGGCGUAUCCUAAGUCAAUCAACUACUGGACGAGGGAAAAGGGAGAUAUUGUCCCGCAAGGAGGCAAAUACGAACCGGUGCUGAUAGACAACGCAUACAAAGUGGUGAUGAAGCUGAGCAUCAAGGUUGUGAGCCAGGCCGAUUUUGGCGCGUACAAGUGUAUCGCUAAAAAUUCCCUCGGAGAAACCGACGGCACCAUCAAACUGUACAAACUCCCGAAAAGUGCAAUCAAUUCGGUAGAGCCAAACGAAGGGCGAAGAAAAAAUAAAUCCCGAAAAGGCCACAAUUCUUACGAAACCAAUGAUUUGAUUGAAGAUGAUGCCGAAAACACCAGCCAGAGGAAAGAUUUGAUAGUUGGAGGAAGGAAUGAUGAUAGUUUCGAAAUUUCUAGCUCUGGAGCAAAUUGGUAUCUAUUGGGUCACUCCAAAGCAGUAUCCUGUGCACAACUUGCAUUACUGGUAGUCACAUUUCUGCCAACAGUAUGACGCUUAUAAUGAAGAGGUUUCGGUUUACCUGGAUCACAUAGGGUUAACAACCUGUAAGUAGGGGUUCUUGUGGACAGAAAAAAUUGAAUGAAUGAGACUGCUUGACUGUUUAGCUUAAUUAUAUAUUACAUAAUGAGAUAAAUAGGUAAAGGGUAUUGUAACUAUAUUAUUUAUUUAUAUUCAACGCCGUUGUUUAAUCAUGUAAAAUAUAUCAUAAGUGGCUAAAACGGUACAGAAAAUUAUUAUAGCGCUUUGACUGUAUUUGUAAAUAUUUGAAGACAUUGAAUAGUGAAAGUAUUGAAACAAAAGCAACACAUGAAACAUAUCGUUAGGUAAAUGCUAUGUUAAAACAAAAAAGUAUUAGAAUAUAAAUUAUUAUUACCCUGCGAAAGUGUUAUAAUAAGGCAGGGAGAAGCAUCACAGAGCUAUAUUAAAAAGCUACCAAAGACUUAACAAUGCUAUUGAUUGAGAAAUAACAUUUAUCACCGAGUUUAGGCAUGAUAGGAAAGUGUCCGCAAGUUAUAGGUAAAAUUGCGUAUGAAUGUAUAUGUUAUAUAAUUAAUGCUUAUAAUUUAAACGAUAAGAAACGGAAACCAUAACACAACUGAAGUUUUACUAAGCAAAUAUUGAAAGUCUGGUCUCCUUUUUGUUAGCUGACACUGCAGUCUUUGUUUCUUUGAGCUGAGAUUUUUGCAUUUAUUGACAAACCAAUAUUAAUUAUUAUUAACCAUAAUAAGAGGGCAAUCCAGGACACUGAGCAUACUCUGAAUGUUAUUUACCAUUGACAAAAGCAGUAUAAUCAAUCUGUAAAAUGGUGUAAGCGAUAUGUUAUACUUUCAAUUGUAAUAAGAAACAAAACUACAUGAAUGCUGUAUGCAAUUUAAAUCUUUUUUUUUUUAAUAUUAAGCCAUGUUAAAAUGCAUGUAAUUUAUCAUGAAAAUUUUCUAAUUUUCGUUUAAGAGUUGAUUUGCUGAUAAUUUUUCAUGCUGAAGUAAUUUUCAAUGAUUAUAAUGAUGGAAGCCCAAUGGAGCUCGGGGUAUAUUCUAAUA